AUGCUCAGAGCUGGUGUAAAGAGGGUUCUCGCUUAUAAACCAAAUUCAAAUACGUAUAAGGCUUUAUCCAAAUGUUAUAGCACUGAAAGAAAUAUUGCUGCAAAGUCUUCUUCCAAAAUAGUAUCUUCAAAUCCACAAUUACUAUUCCCCUGUUUAGAUAAACUCGAGAAGAAAAAUGAACAAUUAAGCUGCUCAACACCCUCAUCAAAUAACGAAAAUAUCAACACCUUGGAAACUGGUCCGGAACCUUCAUAUUCAUUUGUUCAAACUGGUUUUAAAAUUUUCCAUUCCAAGCAACCUAUUCAUUUGGAUCAUGGAGGAGUGUUACCAGAAUACGAGAUUGCAUAUGAAACAUGGGGGCAAUUGAACUCCAAGAGAGAUAAUCUAAUUUUGAUUCAUACUGGACUUUCAGCAUCUUCGCAUGCCAAAUCGCAACCUAAUAACACCAAGAAUGGCUGGUGGGAAGGAUUCAUUGGACCAGGUAAAUAUUUGGAUACAAACAAAUAUUUCAUAGUCUGUACAAAUGUUUUAGGUGGAUGUUAUGGAUCCACUGGACCUUCUUCUAAAGAUCCAGCUGAUGGAAAACCAUACGCUACAAGAUUUCCUAUAAUAACAGUUAAUGACAUGGUUCGUGCUCAACGUGAAUUGAUUAAAAACUGUUUCAAUGUUUCCAAAGUAUGGGCUACUGUUGGAGCAUCUAUGGGUGGUAUGCAGAGUUUGGCUUAUGCUUGGGAAUUCCCCGAUGAGGUGGAAAAGGUUGUCAGUAUCUCUGGCUGUUCGCGUUCACAUCCAUAUUCAAUUGCUCUUAGGCAUUGUCAACGACAAGUUCUUAUGAGUGAUCCUAAUUGGAACAGGGGAUUUUACUAUGGGAAGGUUCCACCACACGUUGGCAUGAAGUUGGCAAGAGAAAUUGCCACGGUUACAUAUAGAUCAGGACCUGAAUGGGAAUAUCGGUUCGGUAGAAACAGAGCUGAUAGUUCAAGACCUCCAGCGUUGUGUCCAGAUUUCUUAGUUGAAACAUAUUUGGACCAUGCUGGUGAAAAGUUUUGCCUUGAAUAUGAUGCCAAUUCUUUGUUAUACGUACUGAAGGCAAUGGAUUUGUUCGACUUGGGUGAACAAAACCGUGCGAGGGCAGCUCAUACAAGAGCAAGCACUACCACUAGAUCAGAAACAGUACCUCCGAUUCCAUAUGAGGAAAAAUCGAACUCGGAUACCCUUUCUGCAGAAGAAUCGUUGAACGAUCUUCGUCGUGGAAUGAGCAGAAUUGCCCAUAAGGACAUUUUAGUGGUUGGUGUAGAAUCUGAUAUACUUUUCCCAGUGUGGCAACAGAGAGAAAUCGCAGAUGUUUUAAAAGAUGCCAAUAAAGGUGGUGAUAUACGAUAUUUUGAAUUGGGUAACGAUGUCAGUAAUUACGGACAUGAUACCUUUUUGUUGUCACUAGAUCAUAUUGGAGUUCCUAUCAAGGACUUCCUUGAGGGAAAUCUGGGAGUAAAGUCUUAG